AAUGAGGUACCACCACUCAACGUGUCUCUUACGUACGUACGUGCGUACGUAGUCCGUGCGGCAGCACGCCCUCGUAUGUCACGAGGAACCGCCCAUGCUACUCCGCAAUCCUCCAAAGUCCCGACCCGCCACUUGCUUUUUGGGGCCUAUAAAUACUCCAUCCUACUCUGCGCUUCUCCUCAGAAAAACACAGGCAUUAAUUUCCCACUGCUUAGAAAUUACUACUCUACAGAAAGCCAUGGCGACUUCUUCCGCUUUGCUCUGCAGCUCUCUCUGCCUCCUCUUCUUGUUCCGCGGGUCCUUAGCCCAGUUUGGAUUCGGGUUCGGCCAAAGCCAGGGAAUGAGCCCCUGGCAGAGCCCCCGCCGGUUCGGCGGCUGGGGCGGCCAGUGUCGAUUGGAUAGGCUGGACGUCAUGGAGCCCACGCGCCGAAUGCAGUUUGAAGCCGGCCGCAUUGAGUACUUUGAUGAGACCAGCGAGCAGCUCCGGUGCGCCGGCCUGUUCGCAAAGCGCAUUAUCAUGGAGCCCAGAGGCCUCCUCCAGCCUUCCUAUGCUAACGCCCCUAGCCUUCUCUACAUCAUCCAAGGAAGAGGUAUGACGGGGAUGGUACUCCCGGGAUGCCCGGAGACGUACCAGUCGUUCCAGAUGCAGCAGUACAGACAGGAGGGUGGUCAGAGCCAGAGGCCCAGGGACGAGCACCAGAAGAUUCACCACUUCCGCGAGGGAGACAUCAUUGCGUUGCCCACCGGCAUUACUCACUGGUGCUACAACGACGGAGACACCCCCGUCGUCGCAAUCCAAGUCUUCGACACAAGCAGCAACGCUAAUCAACUCGACCCUCGACUCAGGAAAUUCCUUCUAGCCGGGACCGGAAGGCUUCAGAGAGGGCAACAGACGCAAACCUUCGGGCACGAGUUCAGAGAGGUGACAGGGCACAACAUCCUAAGCGGAUUCGACGUCGAUUUCUUAGCAGAGUCUAUGGGCGUUAACAGGGAGGUGGCGAGGAGGCUCCAGAGCCAGAAUGACCAAAGGGGAGAGAUAGUCCGCGUCGAGCACGGGCUUCACUUGAUGCGGCCGUCGUUCGGGGAGCAGCAGCCGCCGAUGGAAGCAGAGGAGGAGAUGGAGAGAAGGGAGCAGAGGGGCUGUCCGUCCACCAACGGUUUGGACGAGACCUACUGCACCAUGAAGAUCAAGGAGAACAUCAACGAAGCAUCUCGCGCCGAUAUCUACAAUCCGCAGGGUGGGAGGAUCACCUACGUCAACACUCAGAAGCUCCCCAUUCUUAACCUUGUUCAGAUGAGUGCCGCUCGGGGAGUCCUCCGAAGGAACGCAAUGCUCGCACCCCUCUGGAGCAUCAACGCCCACAGCGUGAUGUUCGUCACACAAGGACACGCGCGAAUCCAGGUAGUGAACAACCAAGGGAGAACCGUGUUCGACGGUGAGGUCCGCCGGAACCAGCUCCUGGUCAUCCCGCAGAACUACGCAGUGAUCAUGCGGGCCGGGCGUGAGGGGUGCGAGUGGGUGUCGUUCAAGACCAACAGCAACGCCAUGGUGAGCCAGAUCACCGGGAAGGCCUCAGCCUUCAGGGGAAUGCCGGUGGACGUGCUCAUGAACUCUUACCGCCUCUCACGGGAAGAAGCUCUGAGGCUUAAGUUCAACAGGGGCGACGAGAUGGGCAUCUUCGCCCCCAAGUUCCAGAGGGCGUGGUCUUUCACGUGAUGCAUGCGGAGUGCGCUGUCGAUCUUCGUCGGAGUGGAUUUUGUUAGAGGAGAAGAUUUAAUAACAAGUAGAAUAAAAGGCAGCGAGCAAGCAGGUUGCUCUACCUGCGCACUUUGUCAUUAUGCUAUCUAAUAAGCAUGAGAAUAAAAGACAUUUUCAGCUGAUAAUUCUUUACAUGCUGUGAAAUUGUGAAUGUAUUUGAUGUGAAUCUGGUUUUUCAUUUUUUCUAAAUUGCAUUAAGAGCUUGAGCGACUCACUUAGAAUGAAGAGACUAUAACAGGCAUAAGCAUUCACCACAUUGGGGUACAAAACACGUGCCAAGGCUAAAUUGUG